AAAGACACAAAAGGCUCAAAUAACAAAGCGAUUCCAUCCUCUUCAACAUUAACUUUAGAUGUAAAUACUACUGGCAAGACUGAACAUGAUUUCAACCAAUCAGGCAUGGAGGCGGAUGAAGAGGUUGGCUGUGGAAAGUCCCCUGGAAGCCCGAGCUCUGUCAAGCGAUGGGUGAUUGGCCCAUUGUUUCAGUCAUUUAAAUCCAAGAUGGCCAGUUUCACACAGAUUGUCAUGAGUCCCGUCCGACUUUUCAAACCCAAUAGCUCCCCACCUGAACCAGAUGUAGACGUCUCCUCUGCCUCUCAUAGUUCUCACCAACAAGGACCUGGGUAUGAGCUAACCUCUGACACAGUGCAACACUUUGAAGCUGGAAGAGGAGGAAAUGACCCUGCCUCUCGUAAACACUUAAAGUUCAGCAUGGAUCUAAAAACCCACGGCACUCCAGAAGAGGAUGAGUUUUCUCUUGAGGGGAAACAGAAUAUGAUGCCACCUGGAGAUGCGCAAAGGGACACCUGUAUGUCAAACAGCUCAGAAAAGGAGACCAAUAAUAAUGAUUCAUUACCUUGUAUGCAGCGUAGUCCUCUACUCAGAAGCAGUAUCAAGUGUGGUUCUGAAUCAACGGAGUCCCAGUUCAACUCAUGCUCUUCCAUGUCCUUUCAACCCCCUGACCCCUCAAGUUCCUCAUGUGGGUCCAAACUGUCUUUCAUUGUUCAAAUGGAGGAGCAGGUGGAUUUGACAGGAGCUCACCGGAGACCAUUGCGCCGAAAAUGUGUUUUUCUAAAUGAAGCUGCAUCACAGAGCAGUCCCUCUGCUGCAAUUAACGCAUCUGAAGCAGACCGCAUCGCUAGUUUGCCAGCUGAAGUAGGAAUCUGUGAGCCCAAGGCUAAACGGCUUGCCACAAAAUCGUAUGUAGAGUACAAAAUCUGGGACUGUAUUGAUAGUGAAACAUCUAGCCCAUUUUCCUCUAUCUACAAUACCACUUCUGAGAGUUUAUGCCAGGCAGAUGACAGCAUAAAACUGUUGGUCUGCCUCAAGACCGAAAAACAUGUUGGUGUGUGGUUCCCAGUCACAUAUGAUUAUCCAGAAAAGCCCCAGAAAACCUGUAAACACAACACUGAACAACUGUUCCUCAGUCAGUCAGUGUCUUCAAAAGCAGACAGAUGAGUGUGAAGGAAAGCAAGGCUAUAUGGCAGGCUCAGCAAAGGAAGUUAAGAGGAGAUGCAGAGCAACUCCUUUUACAGCGAUCAAUAGAGAUGCAGAGAAAAAGCAAAGCGUGAAACUGAUGAAAAGAGAGCGAUGUGAAGAGGUCACAGAAGAAGACACGGUAGAUGUUGCGUUAGAAAGUUACACAUUAACAUCAGUAGAGCACGCAAGUGAUGUAGAACUUGUCCAGCCGGGGUUGGAUCAAAACCGUGUGCAACUUCUAAAUCUCAGUCUCUUAAAAGUAGGGUGCUGCUUCGGGUUAGCCAGAGUUCUACCGUAUACAUUGAAACCACUCAAAAACCCUCUGAAACACAUGUACCUCUGAUGGAGAUGAUGAAGGACAAAGGUAGAGGUCGAAGUGGGCGUAUUAAGAAAAAUACGUCUCUCACAGUAAUGGCCACUUCAAGUAAUGGGAGUGUGCUAGAGCACAGUAAUGACAGUUUGUGUGACAACAGCAUAGCAGCCAGCAAUAGUAGGGAUAUGACCAGUGCCUUGAGUUAUGGUGACACUGACUCUAGUUCAGCAUGUAAUAUGGAAAUGGUAACUACCAUGACAACUGCUUUGAUGAAAGAAAAUCAUGAACUGCCUGUCUCUGAUCAGCACUUGGAUAUCAAGGGGAAGUGGCCUCAAACGGCAUCCAAAAUCAGCAAAAAUACAUCUGUAAGAAGAGGAAGAUUUCCCCAGUGGUUGAAGUGGAGUCAUCUCAAAAUCAACAAAAGUGUCUGAAGUUGAAUGAGAUCACUUCAGAAGAGAGUCAUCCACUAAAACCACCGAAACAAAAUAAAUCCAGGAGGUCUCAUAAUUCACGCUCAACCCAACAGCUUGGAACAUCUUCAGGGCUGACUGGUGUUGGUGCCGAUCACUUGCACUCUUUGAAGCCCAGCAAAGAUGACAAUGUCCAUGUAGCUUCUAGAUCUUCAGAUGUUACACAACAGACAUUACAGACUACCGCAGUGGUGGCUUUCCACAAAGAUGCAGGUUGGGGAGCAGAAAUGAGUGGGUCUGACUCUAGCAAGAGCCCAAAGAAGAGUCGGAAUGGAUCUAAUAAAAUGUCUGUCAGUGAUGCGUUACUGGUGGAUAAGAGGUUUGUGGAACCCCUUGGUGGACGUAAGAGAGUCAGGGGAGGUCCGUCCACAGAGGACAAUGCCGAGACAACUCAGUCCCUGCAACUUAAUCAUAUAACAGUUGAAGAAAAAAAGAGAACUGUGCCUUGGCCUGUGCGAACUUAUCCCAAAUGUUCAAUCAAGCUGAACAAAAAUAUAGUGAAACAUUCUAUGACUUUGCAAGGAAAUUAUGUGGCAAUGGACUCUGAUGUAGAAGUGUUUUCCACUGCCUCUGAACCAACUAACCUUGGCCAGAACAAGACUAUUGACCAGGUGAUGGAGGAGGAGCAGGGGAAGGAGGAUGAGUGUUCUGAACUGCCUGUACCCUCUGAGACGAGGCUCAGGGGGAGGGGGCAAAAAAAGAAGCCAAAGAAAGCAGCGACUCAAUGUAGAAAGCACAGGCCUGUGACAAGGAAGAGGGGGCAGGAAGAAGAGGAGGAGAGAAAUACCGCGAUUGGUGAGCAGAUGGACUUUUCAUCAGAUAACAACACCACCCUUAAGAAGCGUCUGUUGCGCAGCUACUCCUGCCCAGAGAUCCCUGCUCUCCUCCACCAUGACAGCAACUGGACCACCUCUCUGCAUGGCAGGAUCCUCUCCGUACCCCGACUCCACCCCGCCCUCUUUCCUCCUGUCCCCACUCCUCCCGCACCGUCCAGGCGUCCACGCCGUCAUACUGUCUCUAGUGUGGAAAUUGAGCGGGAGAUAGCUCCGUUAUGCCUGCGUAAAGAGGUGUUUCCCUCAAAAAGGACCUAUUCAUUGGGAAACCCGUCCUACCACCUGUUACCCAGUGUGCCACCCUCCACUUUCAUCUCUGUCUGGGCCUCCUGCUUCCUGUCAAGCCCCCUGGCCUUCCUCUCCAGGAAAUUGCGAAAAGGAAGUCUAGCUGCCACUAGUAGUGCUUGCAGUCAUGAUACCUCCCCUUCCCCCUCCAGUGUUUCCUCUUCCAUUUCACCAUCCUGCUCUUCUGUAUGUCACCUGUUCUCCAGUUCCGACCCCUGUGACCUGACAUCAGACAUAUCCUCUGCUUCAGUCUCCUCCCUUUGCAGUGCAUUGUCAAAGAUUCCCUUGGAGAAUGAGACAAGCCAGCAGCAUGAGGAGGAUGGGGAGAAUGUGGAGAAGGAGGACAAAAACCGUUUCAGGAAUGAGUUCGAAGCCAUGGGGAUGAGAGAGGAAAAAGCAUUGUCAGAUUCUGAAAUUAAGUUGGAAACCGGAAAACAUGAGGAACGAAGGAAAGUGUCAUCCAUUCGAAUUCGCAAAGCCUUACCCAAACCCCUCCACAACCUCACACCCAUGGGCCUGCCCAAGCCUAUCAGGGUGAAGAAGAAGGAGUUCAGUUUGGAGGAAAUCUACACUAAUAAAAACUUCACCAAAGCCCCCUGAAAGGUUACUGUUCACUCAUGCAUCUUAUUGUUCAUCCUACAGUACAGGUAAUCAUCAUUGUAAUGACUGACUGUAACUUUCCUUUCAUUAACAACUUCCUUGCUCUGUGUUUGUUUUUAUUCGUCCCAGACGGCUGGAGACCAUAUUUGAGGUGCCACUCAGUCGACGCGAUGGAUCUCAUUCCCUCCUUGGUCAGAAGCGCAUGAAGCGUUUUGUGGAGUUCCCAGAGGUUGGUGUGGCCAGAAAGCCAAGGAAGCCACUUGUUGGUGCUGGGGCAGGGGGUGGUUUACCCAGGAAAGCUGUGGUUGGCUCUCCUUUUGGAAGGCCCAAGCGUGGGGUUGCCUCUCUUCUAAAGAUCACCCCACCCUCAAUCUGCAGGAGCUUGAUUCACUUCUUUGCUCCAAGCUUGACCAGCUGGAUUCCUGGUUAGCUUUUGACCAGAAUAUCUGUUGACAAAUGCCAAUCAAAGGGGUAGACAAUAGCACAUUUACAUUUUGAAAAUAUUGUUAUUACAAAUUGCCCAGCCCCGUUGCCUCCCAUCCAACAUCAAGCUCGUCCUCAUCUUCUGUAAUUGUUUACAAUGUUUUUAUUUUGUGGGGGUGUAUUAUUUACCUUCCAUUGAGUCAUUUAAAAUGAUAAUUGAAGAAUUUUUGUAUUUUCAUUGUGUACUAUUUGUAGAUAACGAUAUGGAAUAUACUGUUAUUGUAAUAUUUGAUUAUCUAUGGAUGUAAAUGCAUUUUAUAUCAUUGGUUUAGGUCAGUGAGUGCAUAAGUGUUUGUAUUUAAAACUGCUACUAUUUCUGCACUCAGUUUUGUUGAUAAUCUGCAUUCUUAAUAUGCCAAUGCCUCAGCCUUUUAAUCAUUAUUAAACAUUUCUGCUUU